CAACACGGCCGCGGAGCAGCGUCGUCUGCGCCGGCUAGUUCAGUGCCGCCGGCACCAGGAGACCCCCAGUUGCGACAAACGCGUUAAAUGUGCUCCAAUGCGCAAAAAACAGUCGAUUUAAACCAGCGGCCUAAGUCAACGUGGCAUAUAACACCCUAUCCCCUGCCACUUCGUGUUCUGCCUGGGUUGAGUUUGUGAGCACCUUGCGUGAGGAAAGUCCGAAAAGGUGCUGCUUGUGCUGCGACGCUGGCGACGCGUCGCGACUAGCAGACAGCUAAGCCCAGCCAGCAGCAACGGCAGCGGCAUCGUGACAGAAACUGGCCGGCCACAAUGUCGAGCAGCGAGUCGGACAGUGAAUAUGCAGAUGUUAGAGUGUUUUUCGCCACCUCUGAGUGGAAGAAACUGACGAGUGAAGAGAAAAAGUGCCAUCGACAGUCAAAGAACAACUAUGAAGCCAUACGGCGCUGCGGGUGGGCCACAAAACCCCCAUUGUUCAUGAGCCGCAAGCUCCCUGCCCCAGAGAGUCAGCAGGCACCUCACCAUCAGGACAAGACUUCAGGAGGAGAGGGAGCAGCGUUCCCAUCUGAGGGACUUAGACACUGGUCACAUGGACUUGACUCGACUGAGGAACAAAGCACUUCUUUACCCCCAUCCCCCGACCAGCCCCCCGAAGGCGCCAGCCUUGGGCGUGAGAACUUCGGGCUCAGCACCCCCGAGCGCAGGACCUGCGGACUGAGGACCCCUGAGUUCAGGACUCCCGAGUUUAGGACUCCCGAGUUCAGGACACCCGAGUUGAGGACCCCCGAGCUUUGGACCCCCGAGUUCAGGACCCCGGAGCUCAGUACCCCCGAUCUUUGGACGGAGUUCAGGACCCCCGUGCGUUGGACCCCCGAGCCCGAGAUCUCCGUGCUGGAGACUCCAGAUCUCAGCAUCCUCGAGGCCAGGACCUCCGCGGCCCGACGCUACCUCAGCCUGGAGACGUACGAGGAGCCAAAGCUGCAGGACGACGACAUCCUUUGUAAGUUUCGUGCCGCCGCCGAGCCUACGACGCCUGCUAGUGCUGCUGGGGCACGCGAGGAGCAAGCGCGGAACACUGAAGGCCACGACCACCAGGAGAACGCUGUCGGGGCCCGAGGCAUCCGGGAGGUGCCCCAUCGCUGCGCGUCCUGUGGGGCGGCCUUUAGGAGAGCGACCCUCCUCCGGGCACACAUGCGGACCCAUCAUGCAGAGGGAAAACUAGACAGCCGUGAAAACUGCGGCGUUGAUCUCCCGGAAAAUUUGGAUCUCCGUAGACACCGUAGGACACUCACUCGUUCCAAACCUUACAGGUGCCACACUUGCGGCAAAAGAUUCGCUCAGAGCUCCAACAUUCCUAGACACAUGAGGACUCACACAGGUGAGAAACCCUACAAAUGCCAGACUUGUCACAAAAGAUUCUCGAAAACUGACUCUCUCCGUGUGCACAUGAGGACUCACACGGGUGAUAGACCCUACAACUGCCAGAUUUGCGGCAAAAGAUUCACUCGUAAAAACACUCUCGAUGUACACUCGAGGAUUCACGUAGGAGAUAGACCCUACAACUGCCAGACUUGCGGCAAAAGAUUCACUCAACAUCAACAGCUCCGUGUGCACACAAGGACUCACACAGGUGAGAAACCUUACAACUGCCAGACUUGCGGGAAAAUAUUCACUCGUAUUGACAACCUGCGUAGACAUGCGAGGACUCACAGAGGUGAGAAAUCUCGCACAUUGUAGACCAGCUCUGUUUUCACAUGAGGACUCACACAAGUAGGCCCUAUAAUUGCCAGACUUGUGGUUGUGCUUUCCACGUGAGUCAUUUGACAUACCGAAAAAUAACUAAAAAGGCCGCAGUGUGCAUGUGUGCUGAUGCCUUGAGACCGACUGUAAGUAACUAAGCCCAAUUAGUUAAUGUAUUUCUAGAGGAAAUUUAAGUUGUUUUAUAUUAAUCUUUUUUUCUUUAACUUCUCUGUAAUUAUAAUUUUGUAAAUUAUUUUGCUCUUUUGAUUUGACCAUCGUUUUGACCUGAUUGAUUUUAAUUACACUUGGUUUUCUGUAGUUUUGCCAAUAAACAUCUAUAAAACCAAACACA